UUAUGAACCACUUAAUUUGACGCUGAAAAAAAUUCAAGAUGGCAGACGAAGUUGUUUUAGAAUAUCUUCACAUGGAAAUAGUUAGUCAAUUCUAUAGAUCAUGCGAAAAGUCUGACCAGGACCAGUGUAUAGCAAAGCUGGAAUCUCUGGGAUUUAGAAUUGGUCAGAGUUUAGUGGAAAGGUUUACUAAAGACUGCCCAAGGUUUAAGGAUGAACUAGACACCAUGAAGUUUAUAUGUAAGGACUUCUGGAAUUAUGUCUACAAAAAACAGAUUGAUAACCUAAGAACAAAUCAUCAGGGUGUCUACGUUCUUCAGGAUAACAGAUUCCGGUUUUUGACCCAGAUUUCAAACGGAAAACAGUACAUGGAAUCUGCACCCAAGUUUCUGGCCCUGCCUUGCGGAAUGAUACGAGGAGCCCUGUCCAAUUUGGGGGUCAAUUGUGUGGUGACUGCAGAAGUCAGUGCCAUGCCAGCUUGUAAAUUCCAGAUUCAAAUACAAAGAGUGUGAUACCAGAAAAUGCGUGAAUGUGCUAUUUAUGGAAGAGUGUGCAAUAGAAAAUUCAGACAAUGAUGCGAUUAUACCUGUGUACAGUUGUAUUGUUAUACUUUACUGUUUUUAUGUAAAUAAAAUAAGAAUUUUAGAAAGA